CGAGUGUUUGUGUUUUAAAUCUAUUUUAAUAUAAAUUGGCGACAGGCUUAGAUUUGAACGCAUGACACAUCUGCCACAUUUGCAAGCGGGGAUCCUGCCUGAAAACAUCAAUCAAGACAGCUGUCUACAGCCCUCAUCAUGAUUCACAGCUUGUUUCUGAUAAACAAUGCUGGCGAUUUAUUCCUGGAGAAACACUGGAAGAGUGUCAUAAGCCGCUCCGUCUGCGAUUAUUUUUUCGAAGCACGAGAGAAGGCAGUGGAACCUGACAAUGUGCCUCCUGUCAUCCGCACCCCUCAUCACUAUCUCAUAAACAUCUACCGUGAGAAGAUCUUCUUUGUUUCUGUCAUCCAAACAGAAGUGCCUCCACUCUUCGUAAUAGAAUUUCUGCAUCGAGUCGCAGAGACAUUUCAGGACUAUUUUGGAGAAUGUUCUGAGACCACGAUCAAGGACAAUGUGGUCAUAGUCUAUGAGCUCUUGGAGGAAAUGUUGGAUAACGGCUUCCCCCUCGCUACAGAAUCCAACAUCUUGAAAGAACUCAUCAGACCUCCCACAAUCCUGCGGUCGAUGGUCAACACCAUCACAGGCAGUAGUAAUGUUGGCGAAACACUCCCUACUGGUCAGCUCUCCACUAUCCCAUGGAGAAGAGCAGGGGUGAAAUAUACCAAUAAUGAGGCUUACUUUGAUGUGGUGGAAGAAAUCGAUGCCAUCUUGGAUAAGUCUGGAACUACAGUCUUUGCAGAAAUCCAGGGGGUUAUUGAUGCUUGUGUCAAGCUCUCUGGAAUGCCAGACCUUACUCUCUCAUUUAUGAACCCCAGGCUCCUGGACGACGUGAGUUUUCAUCCUUGUGUCCGUUAUAAGAGAUGGGAAAGUGAAAGAGUUAUCUCCUUCAUUCCCCCCGAUGGAAACUUUCAGCUCAUGUCGUAUCACAUCAGUGCGCAGAACCUUGUAGCAAUCCCGGUAUAUGUGAAGCAGAACAUCAGCUUCUUUGAGACUGGAUCUUCAGGAAGAAUGGACAUCACUGUGGGUCCUAAGCAGACCAUGGGAAAGACUGUGGAGUGUUUGGUUGUGACCGUACACAUGCCAAAAGUGGUUCUCAGUGCCAACCUCAAUGCAACUCAGGGAACCUACAACUAUGACCCCGUCACAAAGAUUUUGGUGUGGGAUAUAGGGAAACUUAACCCCCAGAAGCUGCCCAAUCUGAAAGGAAGCCUAAGUCUGCAGUCUGGAGCUCCUAAACCAGAGGAGAACCCGAGUCUGAACAUUGACCUGAAAAUCCAGCAGCUAGCCAUCUCAGGACUGAAAGUCAACCGUCUAGACAUGUACGGAGAGAAAUAUAAGCCAUUCAAGGGUGUGAAAUAUGUGACCAAAGCUGGGAAGUUCCAGGUCAGGACAUGAGGCCAGCUGCGGAGAAUCACAAGCAUAUGCCAAAAGUUUAUUAGAGGUGCCAUUCAGGAUUGCAACCUUGUGCACAAUCUCCCUUAUUUUGUUAAAACGUGGCAGUUA